AUGCAGCCGCUGCCCACUAAGCCCGCACUCAAUCCAGUCCUCCUCCCACUCCCCUCCCUUGCCUUGCCGCGCGCCCUCCCGCCGAUCCGCCUCCACGCAGAGAAGCGCCUACGCCGUCUCAGCUCGGCCGCCGUCUCGGCGGCGGCGUCCACCUCCUCCUCUGCGGACCCGAGCGCGGAGCUGCGAGCGCUCUGCUCCCAUGGCCAGCUCGCGCAGGCGCUCUGGCUCCUCGAGUCCUCGGCGGAGCCGCCCGACGAGGACGCCUACGUCGCUCUGUUCCGCCUCUGCGAGUGGCGCCGCGCGGUGGAACCGGGGCUGCGCGCGUGCGCGCACGCGGACGACCGGCACGCGUGGUUCGGGCUCCGCCUCGGGAACGCCAUGCUCAGCAUGCUCGUCAGGUUCGGGGAGACGUGGCACGCGUGGAGGGUGUUCGCCAAGAUGCCCGAGCGGGACGUCUUCUCUUGGAACGUCAUGGUGGGCGGGUACGGGAAGGCCGGGUUGCUGGAAGAGGCGCUGGACCUGUACCACAGGAUGAUGUGGGCAGGUGUGAGGCCGGACGUGUACACGUUCCCCUGCGUGCUGCGGACCUGUGGGGGCGUCCCAGACUGGAGGAUGGGGAGGGAGGUGCAUGCGCAUGUUCUUCGGUUUGGGUUUGGGGAGGAGGUCGAUGUCCUGAAUGCACUCAUGACCAUGUACUCCAAGUGUGGGGACGUUGUGGCUGCACGCAAGGUGUUUGACAGUAUGGCCGUGAUGGACUGUAUCUCAUGGAAUGCCAUGAUUGCUGGGCAUUUUGAGAAUGGUGAGUGCAAUGCGGGGUUGGAGUUGUUUCUUACCAUGCUGCAGGAUGAGGUUCAGCCUAACCUCAUGACAAUAACUAGUGUGACUGUUGCAUCGGGCUUGUUAUCUGACAUAACUUUUGCAAAGGAAAUGCAUGGGCUUGCAGUGAAGAGGGGUUUUGCCACUGAUGUUGCAUUCUGUAACUCUUUGAUUCAGAUGUACGCGAGUCUCGGUAUGAUGGGGCAAGCAAGAACAGUGUUCUCAAGAAUGGAUGCUAGAGAUGCCAUGUCAUGGACAGCUAUGAUAUCUGGGUAUGAGAAAAAUGGUUUCCCAGAUAAAGCUCUUGAAGUGUAUGCACUUAUGGAAGUGAACAAUGUAAGUCCUGAUGAUAUUACUAUUGCAAGUGCCCUUGCUGCUUGUGCUUGCUUGGGGAGUUUGGAUGUCGGCGUCAAGUUGCAUGAGCUUGCUGAGAGCAAGGGAUUCAUGAGCUAUGUCGUAGUUACAAACGCACUCCUUGAAAUGUAUGCAAAGUCCAAGCGUAUUGAUAAGGCUAUUGAAGUUUUUAAGUGCAUGCCUGAGAAGGACGUAAUAUCAUGGAGUUCAAUGAUCGCAGGAUUUUGCUUCAACCAUAGGAACUUUGAGGCUCUUUACUAUUUCAGGCAUAUGCUGGCAGAUGUAAAGCCUAAUUCUGUCACUUUUAUUGCUGCUCUUACUGCUUGUGCUGCUACUGGGGCUUUGAGGAGUGGUAAGGAGAUCCAUGCACAUGUUUUAAGGUGUGGUAUUGCAUAUGAAGGUUAUUUGCCCAAUGCCCUUAUCGACUUGUAUGUAAAAUGUGGCCAGACAGGCUAUGCUUGGGCACAGUUCUGUGCACACGGUGCAAAGGAUGUUGUGUCGUGGAAUAUCAUGAUUGCAAGUUUUGUUGCUCAUGGUCAUGGGGAUACUGCUUUAUCGUUCUUCAAUCAAAUGGUGAAAAUAGGAGAAUGCCCAGAUGAAGUUACGUUUGUUACCCUGCUAUGUGCGUGUAGUAGGGGUGGAAUGGUCAGCGAAGGUUGGGAGCUUUUUCACAGCAUGACUGAGAAAUACUCUGUUGUUCCAAAUCUCAAGCACUAUGCAUGCAUGGUGGAUCUUCUAAGUCGUGUUGGGCAACUGACAGAAGCUUAUAACUUCAUAAAUGAAAUGCUUAUCACACCAGAUGCUGCUGUUUGGGGAGCCUUGCUAAAUGGAUGCCGGAUACACCGGCAUGUUGAACUUGGGGAGUUUGCUGCAAAAUAUGUCCUUGAAUUGGAGCCUAAUGAUGCUGGAUAUCAUGUUCUUUUGUGUGAUCUGUAUGCUGAUGCUGGUAUAUGGGAUAAAUUGGCUAGGGUGAGGAAAACCAUGCGGGAGAAAGGACUGGAUCAUGAUUCUGGAUGUAGCUGGGUUGAGGCUAAAGGAGUGGUCCAUGCAUUUCUUACGGAUGAUGAAUCACAUCCACAGAUCAGAGAAAUAAAUACUGUUCUAGAAGGAAUAUAUGAGCGGAUGAAAGCAUCUGGAUGUGCUGUUGAAUCUCAUUCUCCAGAAGAUAAAGUAUUGAAGGAUGACAUCUUCUGUGGUCACAGCGAAAGACUUGCUGUUGCUUUUGGUUUGAUCAAUACCACACCUGGCACCUCAAUUUCUGUCACCAAAAACCAAUACACAUGUCAGAGUUGUCACAGGAUAUUGAAGAUGAUUUCUAACAUAGUACGAAGAGAUAUAAUUGUUAGGGACAAGAUACUCAACCUGUUACAUGGCAAUAUCGAAAAUUAUACUCAAGUAAUGGGACUUAAGGUUCUCACAUAUCAUGGAAGUCUCCUUAAGAAUUGA